CAAGCGCUGGAGUUCGUCUUUUCUUUCUCUCCCCAAAUCCUCCUCCUCUCCCUCUUUGUGACUCUGUCUGUCGCUCGCGUUGCCUCUUCCCUCCGCGUCCGGGGGCCUGCGUCGUUCCAGAAAGAGCUGGAGGCAACCUAAUCCGCGGCUCGCUGCGCCAAUCCGCGGUUAGCAAUGCUGCAGGAGUUCGUCGACAACGUCAUCGCCGUCACAAAGGAUAACUGGUAGCAUGGAAACAAUCCCAUCUGAUGUAUAGACCACUGGAUUUGCAGUACUCGGUUCUAGGGUGAAUAAUUGGACCUUUGUACAAGAUACCAGGCAGAUCUGUGAAGACAUUCACAUAUGAGUCACUGAACAACAUUGCAAGGUUCAUAAAUGGAAUGUCAGCACUCUUAUUGACACUACUACCUGGAAAAGGCAACAUUUUAGAAGGCAUAAGUGGCUGGGAACUUAGGCCAGCACUCCGUGGGCCGCGUCUUCCUCGUUGGAUGGAAAGUGGGGUAUCUUCGUUUAAUGAGUUCAUCCAUGAACUUUCUGUUGAUUCGGAUUCUGAAUCAAUUGCUGACUCAGUCAAUGGGGAUGAUGAUCAUGAAGAGUUUGUCUGCCCUCCAUCUCCAUUGUCCCAAAGUUCACGGUUAUCGCACACAAGCAGCUUUGGUAGACGUGAUCGUCGACUGAGGAGACAUAUCAGAUAUGCAGUUGCUUGGUUACUAUGGCCAUUGAGAUUCUUUCUUUCGUUAAUAUUCAUUUUGUUCAAUGCCAUUAAAUUUCGGAUGGUAAGGUCAACUGCUAAAGGUGCAGAAACUCCUCAUCUCUCAAGAACUGGUCUUGCCAAGAAAUCAUUUCAUAUAAGGGAUCAGUUUCUCCAGCGCACAACCGAUAGGAGGCGUGGAGUUUUUGAGGAUCUUCAUCUGGCAAUUGAGAUUUUCAUCGAAUCAGUCUUUGACAUCGUUCACAAAGCAGCACAUUAUAUUCUUUCUCCUUCAGAAGUGUGGCAGAACCUGUUUUGCUGGAUAAAUGGAAGUGGUCAUGAUACUAGUUCUGCCGUUGAUGUAUCGACAGCUAAUGUUGGCAGUGAUAAUCCUGUUCCAACGGAGAGGAAGACCAUGUAUCGUCAUUCUCUGAACACAGAUUCCCGCACAUGUGAAGAUGUUAUUACUGAGCUUGGGUAUCCUUUUGAGGCUAUUAAGGUUGUUACUUCAGAUGGAUAUGUCGUGUUACUGGAGAGAAUUCCAAGGCGUGAUUCACGGAAGGUUGUCUUGUUGCAACAUGGAAUAUUGGAUUCAUCUAUGGGCUGGGUGUCAAAUGGUGUUGUUGGCUCACCAGCAUUUGCAGCUUAUGAUCAAGGUUAUGAUGUUUUUCUUGGAAAUCUUCGUGGCUUGGUCUCAAGGGAGCAUAUAGAUAAAAAUAUUUCCUCCUACAAGUACUGGAAAUAUUCUGUUAAUGAGCAUGGAACUAAAGAUAUGCCAGCAAUUAUUGAGGAAAUUCACAAGAUCAAAACUUCAGAACUUGGCAAAAGUCAGCCUCAGUCAGGUGAGGGGACAGGAGAUCAAAAUGUUAAGAUAAAAAAUUUGGAACUACAGACUUCACAGGAAGACAGUAUAGAAGAUCAACCCUACAAGCUUUGUGCUGUAUGUCACAGCCUGGGUGGUGCAGUUAUGUUGAUGUACGUGGUUACUUCAAGGAUUGCACAAAAGCCCCAUAGGUUGUCGAGACUGGUCCUGCUAUCUCCUGCAGGUUUUCAUGAGGAUUCCAAUGUGGUAUUCAGUAUGGUAGAGAAGCUCAUCUUGUUUGUUGGUCCAGUACUUGCACCACUAAUUCCUGGACUUUACAUACCAACUCGGUUCUUUAGGAUGCUUCUAAACAAAUUAGCUAGGGAUUUCCAUAAUUAUCCAGCUUUGGGUGGACUUGUCCAGACCCUUAUGGGCUAUGUUGUUGGCGGUGACAGUUCAAAUUGGGUGGGAGUGCUUGGUCUGCCCCACUACAACAUGGAUGACAUGCCUGGUGUGUCAUUUCAUGUUGCGCUUCACCUUGCUCAGAUAAAGAGGGCAAAGAAGUUCCAAAUGUAUGACUACGGCAGCCCUGCAGCAAAUAUUGAAGCGUAUGGAACUCCGGAACCAUUGGACUUGGGAGCUCAUUAUGGUCUCAUUGACAUUCCUGUGGACUUAGUCGCUGGGCAGAGGGACAGAGUUAUCUCACCAUCCAUGGUAAAGAAGCACUACAAGCUGAUGCGGAAGUCUGGCGUGGAGGUUUCAUAUAAUGAGUUUGAGUAUGCCCAUUUGGAUUUCACGUUCUCACAUAGGGAGGAGCUUUUGUCCUAUGUUAUGUCCCGUCUACUGUUAGUAACCGAUCCUGGUAAAGGGCGCAUCAAGCAGACCACCAUGCGCCUCAGGAGGCAGAAGAAAGCUCAGUCAGAGAUUGAGGAGGACAUGGAGUGCAGAGCCAAGGAGGAAUCAGAUGAACUAGCUGGACAUUUGGACUGAUGUGGAGCCUGCAGGUUGAGUGUGUUGUAAGUUUGUGAAUAGGUUACUCGCGCCGUCUCUAUACAUUUUACACCGUUGGAAGAUCUGGGUAGGUCUCUGUUUUUAGUAUCAUGUUCAUGGGGAUCACUUUUUUUGUAUCCCUGUAAGUGAACAGUAGAGGUAAGCAUGCAUAGACUCUGUUGAGCUUUAGGUGUCCUGUUCUUGAGUGUCGAUAACGAGUGCAUGGUUAGGAUUAGAAGUGGAUGUAUUGUACUUCACAAAUGUCCCGUGUUCUUGCGGCUUCUUUUGAAGAAUGCAUGCAUGCAACCAGUAACAGCCGUUUAGUGAUGUCAGGCAUGCGAUCAACACAUCUAUAUUUCCGUGCA